UUUGCACCACUCUGGGAGCAUCAUCUCAUUAUUUUAUUUUAUUUCUGCUCUUCUUUCAGAUUUCAACAUGACUGUGUACUUUUACUGUAUUGAUGUGUGGUAAUGACAUUAGCAGACUUAGGCUCAGCCAUACGUUUGUUCCUUCCAACAAGCCUUAAUACGGUUCCGCAAGCGGCCAACCUUCUCUUCGUUACAUGUCUGAGGAUGACAGAGCUGCGAAAACUGCGAGGGCGAAAGCCAUGCUCAAGAAACGGCAGCAAAAGAAGAGUGUUGGUGGCAAUGCUGCUUUAGCUAGUCCCCCGCCGUCAAGGUCUUACACUCCAGCUCCCGCAGAAUCUACAGCGCCAGCAGGAGACGGGAAACCCGAGCGUGAUAUCAGUGACCUGUUCAACAAUACAGAAGUGGAUACCAGUUGGCUCGAGUCGCUGGCUAAAGCCCAAGUCAAAGAUUCAAAACCUGAGUCGUUACCUUCGAGUCCACAGCUAACCCCGGCCAAGACCCAGGUACUGCCGGAACGCGCGACUUCUCCGAGCUUCGGCACCCCCUUGUCGAGCCCACGGUUUGCUUUGCGUGACAAGGAUAAUCUACAUCUCGAUGUUGCUGAACAGAGGUUGGGUGAUAUCCGGUCAGAAGAUCCAAAGACAGAGAAACUGCUAAAAGACGAGCAGUUGCGAUGCAAGGCACUCGAAGCCGAGCUUGCUCAGGCAAAAGAAGCAUCUCUCUCCAUGACACAUAACCUGGACGCCCUCGCGGCAGAGAAGUCACGCCUGGAAGAUCUCCAAAAGGCGAGCCUUGCCAAAAUUGAACGGCUGACUUCGAAAUGCGGCGAGUUAGACACAUUAUCCCGCACAACAUUGAGUAGGGUCCAGUCACUCGAGGAAGAGUUACAGAAGGCGACUUCCGAACUGAACGAGUCAAGGCGAGCAACUGAUGGGUUGAGGAGUCACUCCACGCGCAUAGAAGCCGAGCUUGCUGAGGCCCACGGACGCAUAAACGACCUGCUCGCGAAGGCUGCUGAAAAUUCUCAGCAUUGGCAAGAACAGGAUCAGAGCCGACAACAGACCGUUGCUUUACUCGUAUCUGAGAAGGCGUCUCUGACUUCUUCUCUGCAGCGCAUGGAGGCCACUGAGACAGAGCUUCAAGAGAAGGAGGGUCUUCUUCACUCCGAGCAAGCGAAAACACAAGCCCUUUUAGAGCGGGUGCAUGAUCUGGAGGUCUCAGCCGCCCAAAAGGGCGACGAACUUGGGCAAGUACUUCAAAAGGAGAAGGAGCUGGCUGAGAAGUGUCAUGAUCAGGAGCGUGAGAUUCACUUGCGGAAAGCUGAGCUGGACGAGUUGCAAGCAGCCUGUGACCAACACCAGCAACGCGUUCGGGAGCUUGAGGAACAAAUUGAAAAUGAUGAUCGAGCGGACAGGCUGGAGGCUUCCCUGAAGAACACUCAGGAUCGGGCUGACGAGUUGGAGUUCCGGCUGAGUAAACUCAAACAGGAUCAUAACAGCCUCAAAAGCGAAAGGGACGAAUUAGAGUCUCAACUCCGUUCAACGACCGAAAGCGAAGCCGGGUGGGAAAAGAAAUAUUCGUCUCUGGAAGAGGAAUUUUCCACAAUCCGGGCCUGCCUUGAUACUGCAAACAACCGUCGGAGCGAAUUAGAGGAAGAACGCGCGUCGCUGCAGUCCCAAGUCGAGUUCAACCAGAAUGUCGUAAGGGGACUGCAGCAGAAACUUGCCGAACUUGCCGCCGACGUUUCCUCCAAAGAUAGAAGCUUAACAAACCUGCAGGGCGAGCUGCGUGCUGCCGUUCGUCGUGCUGAAGAGUCUGAGAGGACGCAACGGGAUCUUCAGGCAGAAGGCACUAGACUCGUGCAAUCUUCAGAGGAAAUGCGGUCCAAGAUCGUGGAGUUGACCGCCGCCAAAGUGGAGCUCUUGGACCAGAUAGAGCAACUGGAGCACGACAAGAAGUCUCGCGAUACUCUAAUCUCAAAACUUGAGAUUGCUCUAAACGAAGGGACGGAGCGAGAAGCAGAGGCUGCGAUGCUCAAACGCGAAUCAGACCACUUGCGGGAGAAGGAUGUCACGUCUUUGCAGCAAACUAUCGCCGACCUGCAACGCGGGUAUGCUGUUCUCGAAGCGGAGCUCCAGACAUCGCAGGCUGCGGUACAUACACUGGAAACCGAGCGCACGAAGAUGCGUCAGGUGGAAAUACGCCAAGCUGACCUCAGCAAUCGGUUGUCUGCUGAGUCGCGACGCAGGGCUGAGGAGCUUGCUCAACUAGAAUCUGAGCUCGUUUCGCAGCGGAACAUCGAACAAGAGCAACGCAACCUCAUUGAUCAGUACAGAAGCGAAAUCGAGAUUCUUCGUAGCGAGCUUAUGGCAAAGGAUGAGGAGUUGGAGAGCUUCCAGAAAACCCCCGUGACCGACGACGCUACCCCUUCGUCACUAGAUAACGAGAUGCUGAGCGCGCUCAAGCAGCAGCAUGUCUUGGAGCUCUCUUCUGCUCAAUCACAAAUACGUGCGUUGGAGACCGCCGUCUUCGAAGCGCAAGACAGGGCGCACCGUCUCCAGCGCCAGAUCGGUGUCUUGGAGGAUCAACUAGCACAAACCCGGACUUCAAGGGCUACUCCGCGACCCUUUUCCCCCAGCACAUCUGUACGACCAUCGAGUCGAGCGAGUUCGGGCUUACGGCGCGCAUCUUUUGGCAAACAGAGUAGUCUAGUCCCACCCUCGACUCGGUCCGUGUUCGACGUCGGACUAUCCCCGGAAACCCGACAUAAGCGACAAGUCAGCCUCAGCAUGCUGAAAGCGAGGAUUGAGAGUGAGACUGCUGCCAACAGCCACACUCCACGGGUGCUUUCUCCCGUGCCGCAGGGCAAUGAACAUUCCUUAUCUUCGGUCCAUGAAGAACAUCCAUGGCGACCGCAAUUCAUGGAUGAAUCACACAUCUUCUGGUGUCACUCGUGCCGUGGAGACUUGGUCAUUCUCUGAUACCGCACCCGUUUCGUUUACGUUUACUCCAUUA